AGAGAGAGAGAGAUGAAUACAUAUAAACAAAUGGCAGCAGUUUCCUCCCAUUUCCUCUCCAAACCUCUCAUCUUCCCCUUGUCCAAGAGGAUCUUUUCCACAACAAUGGCUUCUAGUUCCUCUUCUCUAAAUUUCUGUCCUCCUUUGAAGACCAUUGACUCCCAUCUCCAUGUUUGGGCUUCUCCUCAAGAGGCUGCUGAUAAGUUCCCAUAUCAUCCAGGCAUGGAGCCUCCAAUCCCUGGAGAUGUUGACCUCUUGCUCAAGUGUAUGGAAGAAGCAGGAGUUGAUGGAGCUGUUAUUGUGCAACCAAUUAAUCAUAUGUUUGAUCAUUCUUUAGUGACAAGUGUGUUGAAGAGAUAUCCAACAAAAUUUAUCGGCUGUUGUCUUGCAAAUCCUGCAGACGAUGGUAGUGGAGUUGAGCAGAUCGAACAUCUUGUUUUAAAGGACGGAUAUCGUGCUGUUCGAUUCAACCCAUACAUAUGGCCUUCUAACCAGAAGAUGUCCAAUGAAAUUGGGAAGGCCAUGUUCUCUAAAGCAGGAGAACUCGGUGUACCAGUGAAGAUCAUGUGUAUGAAGGGCCUUGGUCUCCAUAUUGCAGACAUUGAGGAGCUUUGUACGAGUUUUCCAUCGACAGUUGUUUUACUAGAUCACAUGGCAUUCUGCAAGCCACCAUUAAAUGACGAAGAGAGCAAGACUUUCUCGGAGUUGCUAAAGCUAUCUAGAUUCCCACAGGUUUAUGUAAAAUUUAGUGCUCUUUUUCGCUUAUCAAGAAGCCGAUUUCCAUACUAUGAUAUAACUGAGCUUUUAUCACAAGUGAUAUCUAGUUAUGGAGCUAACCGCGUCAUGUGGGGAAGUGAUUUUCCGUAUGUUGUUCCUGAGUGUGGUUAUAAAGACGCGAAGGAAGCUGUAUCAUUGAUAGCUGAUCGGAUUUCUUUGUCUUCGUCGGAGUUGGAAUGGAUUCUUGGCAGAACUGCAAUGCAAGUUCUUCAAUGUUCAUGGAAUGUUUCAGAGAUAGUUUGAAAAGCUUGUGGAAGGAUUGUAAAGAUGGAUUUAA